AUGUCUUCUGGAAACGAUAACAACAACAACAACCCCAACCUCAUUGGAGGUCUCGGCGAUACCCUAGGAAAGACCGUGGGCGGUCUUGGAGACACCGUCGGCAACACUGUGGGCGGACUAGGUCAGACUGUUGGAGGAGUCACCCAGGGUCUGGGAAAGACCGUUGGCGGGGCCACCGAGGGCUUGGGAAACACAACGAGAGGCGUCGGACAGUCGACAGGAGAUCUUCUGAGCAGCAUCAACGGAGACAGGUCGGGCGGAAACUCUCAGCAAAAGUAAGGGUGAUGGCAAGUUCCACUUGGGUUAUGACUUGAUGGAAUAUGGUUUUGUAAUGCAAAUGCUUGUGGAUGUUAUUCUUUGCUCGUUCCAUCGGGUAUGACACGACGUUUAUUGAUCAUUCGGCUGUAUCUAUUCGAACAGUGUCUUCAUGUCAGAUUGGCAAUGUGAAAAUUCUUGAAGUAUCAAG